UUCUGGAGUCUAGAAGAUGACAAGAAGAUUCCAAUACAUGGCCGGAAAAUCGCUUCCUUCUUCACGGGGACUUCCCAGUUGUCAACAUCUUACCUGCAGACAAUGUAUCUUCUGGCCGUUUUGCUGCUUCUAUACCGGGAUGUAUCCUCCAUAGAUGUUACAGUUGUGGGGAGAAGAGGGAAUUCUACAGUUCUACAAUGUGGAGGAGAUCCUGGAGACCCAAUAACGGGAGUUAUAUGGAAGAUCCAUCACAUGAAUAAUUCUCGGUGUUUAUUCUCAUAUGCUCCAUACAACAGAGGAAGACAGAUAUACAGCAACUGCAGUACAAGAAUUACAUUCACCAAUAGAACACUGACCAUCCACAACACCCAGAUCUCUGAUGGAGGAAAUUAUACCUGUGAGAUGUCAUCUCUCGAAGGGACCUUCAUCACUACAACUAUUUUACAAGUAUUAGCUCAGCCCUCUGUGUCUCUGGAUAUAAACAGUGAUGGAUCUCCGGAGUGUAGAGCCAUUGGUGGAUUCCCGGCUGCAGAGAUCUCCUGGAUCCCACCUUCAGAUGAUAUAAACACAACAGAAAUUAAAGAUUUGGAUGAUACCUGGACAGUGAUCAGCACAUACAAGUCUGAUGGAGACAUGGUGACAUGCCUUGUGUCUCAUCCCACAUUUGUGAAUCUCUGGAGCCAGUCAAUUGCAUCACCACCAGAUACAAUUGGUGCUACCCAUUAUUUUUGGAGAAUUGUUGCCCUCGUCAUCUUCAGUUGUCUUGUCAUAGGAGUCUUUUUAUACUGCAGAUACAAGUCCAAGGCAAUACCUAUGUAGGAAUAGAGACAUAAUCUAAAGUGGAACUCUGGAGGGUAUUUGUAAUCCAAAGGAUCAAGUAAAUCAAGCACACAUGACCAGAGGCCUCUCACCAUUCCUGAUGGUUCAAUGAUGGACAAUGUCUGUAGCCUCCUUCCAGUAUCUCCGAAAUCUUUGAUGCAGCAUUACUGGGACAGCAGCCUAGAAUAGAACAGCGGCUCCCAGGAACAACAGCUCAGUUUACUGGUAGAGCCAGCAGCCUUGGCAUAAGGCACAAAGCUUAGUCCUAAAUCACAAGACCCUCUGGUGGCACCUUACCCCAGUGUAGUGAUUCUCCUUUGAAUCCUCAAAACAAGAUACGACGGCAUCUGGUUUAGAUCCGACAGGUUACGUCUUCGUACGCCUUC